AUGGCCUUCCCUGUACUUUUACAAGAAAGCCGCUGUCCAAACGAAAGAAAAUCUCCGGAUAUAGGUAUUUUCUCGCCUUUCCACGUUGAGCAUGUGCUCCAACCUCUCCUUGGUGAAUGGUAUUUUGCCGGUAUCAAGCUUGGAGGAGUCAGUCGCCACAAUGGCAUUCCGUUCUUCUCUGUAGAGGGCAUACGGUGGGUAGAGUCUCGUUGUGGCCAGAGCAAGAACUUGGAUCGAUUCGCUAGGUUCUUUCAUUCAUGGGGAACAACCCCGAGAUCCAUACCCGACUCUCCCAGACCUCUCGGAGAUCAAAAGUACUCCCAAUUACCAGAAAGAGAAAUGGUCGAGGCCUAUUUAACCUUUUUCCAGUCAUCUGCUGGACAUCAAAUCUUCCCACUUGUGAAAUAUCCCUUGUUCAUUGAGACUAUCAGGCGUGCAUAUCAACGGCCGCAACAUCCAUCUGGAUCUCUCUCCGCGGUGUCUUGUGUUUAUGCUUUUGCGGCAUUUGUCACGGCCAUUGAUCUGCGGCGCCACAAUUUGCCUGCCAUUAGCGGUAAUGAUUAUGCCAAGGAAGCACAGCGUAUGUUGCCCACGGUAUCACAAACUCCAGCAACAUUGGAUGCUCUGCAAACGGUCCUGAUGCUGUGUGCCUUUCGACUGUUGUCUGGAGACCUGAGUUCUGCGGAUAUACUCCUCGCCAUUGGUGUACGUCUCCUUUUCCAGCUUGGCGGAAAUCAACUUCGCUGUCCAAAUGCCGCCAAAGAGGAAAGGGAUCAAGUAAGGACUCUGUUUUGGGUGUGUUACACCAUCGACAAGUGCCUCUUCCUCCGCACUGGUCGUCCUCCAUCUAUUCACGAUGAGGACUGUGACCUUACUCUCCCGUCUAAUUACAUCGCGAAAUCAUCAGAAAAGGCACUUGAAACAGAGGAAACCACAGAUUCUUGUACACCGUUAUUUCCAUGUGAUCUCCGUCUAAGCAUGGUUAUUUCAAACAUUUAUCGAGAGCUAUACUCUGUUCGAGGUCUUCAAAAAUCAGAUGCUGAAAUCCUCAUGGCAAUUCGAAAGCUUGAUCAUGACUUGGACGCUUGGAAAAUGUCGACACCUUCACAGAAAUGGUCACAGUCAUCUGCCUCUGAUAACCCUUCUAUCAGGAUGCUUGAUACACGCUUCCUCAUGAACAGACUGGAAUACCACCAGUGUAUGGGUAUCAUUCACCAGGCCAGCAGUCGGUGCAAAUCGUGGAGUGAGGAUACCGGUGAUAUGUCUAAGGGAAUAAAUUCCAGCUUGGCCUUAGCUGUUGAAGCUAGUCGAUCAUCGUUGCUGUAUUUGAAUUUAGUGCAAGGCACGCUUGAUGAGGGAACCGUUUGGUUCGCCAUGUUCUAUCCCAUCUCAGCUAUCAUGACCAUUUUCUGCCAUAUCCUCUUAAAACCGCAGGAUCCGCGCGCACCUGACGACCUUCAGCUGCUCAACAAGGUCCCCGUUCUGAUGCAGGCAGCAUUAGCUCACCGUUCGGAUUCUAUUGAGCCAAUGCACGUACAAUUUGUGGAGGAUUUUGUCGAGGAUUUAAGUCAUUUAGCAAAUUCUGCCAUUGCAAGGGAGUGA